AUGGGAGUGCAACAUAUUGAAAUAUUCAGUGUUCUUCAGUCCCUCCAACCGAACUAUACCAGCAACCGAUUGAAAAGAGCCAGUCACAUUCGCACUGUUUACCGUGUUCACUAUUGUGUUGUUGGAGGUGUUAUAAGCAAGGCCAAUGACUGUUUCGUUGUCCACAGUGCCAUUGAUUUGGCUAGCGACGAUCGCUGUGAAGUUAUUGGCGAUGGAAAUGGUAGUGUUGGUGAUGUUUUCCAAGAUCUUGUCGAACUGAGUGAUGGUCAGUGUGUUGUUGGGAGUGGAUGGGACUGUUGA